UUCUUAUUAUUCAAGCCACAAUUGCACGGAGAUAUUUAAUAUUCAGUCACAAGCCGUAUUUUCCACUGGGCUGCGCAGAUAGCACGCAUUUUAGCCCCGCUGAUGUUUUGUGAGGGGUCCUGCGGAUCUCUACGUAAACACUUUCAAACAGGAAACCAUCACUCUCUUCUCAAUAAUAUUAUCCAGCAGCUUUAUUUGGUCAUUUCAAAAUGCUUUCAGCGUUUAAAUCCAUUCCGACACAUAUGGACUAUAAAGGACAGAAACUUGCAGAGCAAAUUUUCCAAGGAAUCAUUCUGGUGUCGGCGGUGAUCGGCUUCAUAUAUGGCUUUAGUAUUCAGCAGUUUGGGUGGACCGUUUACAUAAUGUUGGCUGGAUUCACAAUAUCGUGUUUGCUCACCCUGCCUCCCUGGCCAGUGUUCAGAAAAAAUCCUUUGAACUGGCAGCCAGCUGUUCCUGAGACAUCUGGAGAAAAUCGUGACAAACCUCAAGAGAGUCAGAAGAAGAAGAAGCACAAGUGAUGCAUGGGAGUAUUUGUUUGGAUUUGGCACAGCAAAGCCAUAUAUGAAAACCUAUUCAUUUUUGUCACUGUUUAAACAUUCAAUAUGUAAUAAAGAACUGAGUUUGGUA